AAUUUCAGACUACAAAUUCUAUCCUUCUGUAACAAGUAGUAAAAGAACAAUUUCAAUUUGCUCUACAUUAAAAAUGCUAGAAACCUAUGAAGUUAAAACUCUUGCUUUUCAAGCAGAGAGCUUGUUUAUUAACACGUCUUCCUCUAAUAAAGAAAUUUAUUUGCAAGAAUUGAUUUUUAAUGCUUUACAGGCGUUAGACAAAAUCCGUGAUUUAUCUUUAACCGAUCAAACUGUUUUAAGUUCUGAAAGUGAAUUAAAGAUUGACGUUAUCAUAAACAACGAGGAGAAAACUUUUACUAUUUUUGACACCGGUAUUGGUAUGACAAAAGCAGAUCUUGAAGCCAUUGCUAAAUCAAGAACAAAAGCUGGAGAAAAUACAUCAAUCAUUCGACUAUUUGAUGUCGGGUUUUACUCAGUGGCUGAUAAAGUGGAAGUGAUAACAAAAAACAAUAACGAUGAACAAUAUGUAUGGGUCUCUUCAACUGAUGGCUCACUUACUGUACAAAGAGACACAGUCAAUGAACCUCUCGGCAGAGGAACAAAAAUAACACUGCACAUAAAAGAAGAUCACUUAGAUUUUUAUGAAGAACAAAAUAUUAAAAAUCUUAUUGAAAAAAUCAGUACAUACCCAAUUAGUUUUAUAGUUCAGAACACUAGAAACAAGGAUGCUGAAAUUGAAAAAAAAAAAAAAAAAAAAAAGAAGAAAAGAAGUCGUAACAAGAAAAAGAAAAGUAAAAAAAGUAAAUCAAAGAUUAAAAAAAAAGAAAACAAUUCUUUGGUGGAGCAUUUCAACAAAUUGAUACAAAUAGAUCCUAACUCUAUUACCUCUCAAGAUUAUGCUAAUUUGUACAAAAGUUUUGGAACAGAUUCAAAAGAGUAUUAUUUAAAAAAAGACUUUUCAGUUGAUAGCAAGCUUAAGUUCAGAGCUAUCCUAUUUGUUCCUAAAAUGGUUCCAUUUGAGUUAUCUAAAGAUAAAAAAGUAAAUAAUUCGAUUGAGCUAUUUGUUGGAAGUGAUUGCGUAAAAAACCGCAUGGAACUAAUACCCAAAUGGCUCAACUUUGUUAUAGGUGUGGUUUACGUUGAAGAUUCAGAUUUUGUAAAGAAAAAAAAUUUUCUGUCGAAUGAAAUCUUAAAUUUUAUUCGUCAAAACCUUGUAGAAAAAUGCAUAGAGCUUUUUGUUGAGAUAUCAACGGACAAAGAUGAAUAUAAAAAGUUUUAUGAGGAAUAUAGGGAAAAAAUUAUCCAAGGUAUACACGACGACUCUCAAAAUCGUUCUAAAGUUGCUGAUUUAUUGAGAUAUUAUUCUUCGGCAUCUGGUGAUGAUAUGGCGUCUCUAAAAGAUUACAUUUUUCGUAUAAAAGGGAAUCAAAGAAGCAUUUUUUAUAUAACUGGAAAAAGCAAAGAAAUUGUUUCGAAUUCUUUUUCUGUUGAGAAAAAAAAAAAGAAAGGCUGUGAGACUCUAUACCUUAUUGAUACAAUAGAUGUGAAUACUGUUCAACAACUUAAAGAAUAUAAUGGCAAAAAAUUUGUACAAUUAGUAGACAGGAAGAAUAAAGAAUUGAAGACUAGUUUUGAGGAGCUAUGUAAGCUAUAAAAGAAAUGACAACAGAAAAUGUGUUACCACUAGACGGUGAUUCGGAAAAAGACAAAAGCAAUUCCAGAAUAAAAAAUGUUGAUUAAUAUGCCUUUUAUUGUAAAACAAAAUAAUAAAAUAAAAAAUCUUUAUUUAUUAUCUAAAGAAUAUUCUAAACAUGAAUGAGCAAUUUUUGUUUUCACUACUAGUAUAUUUGUCCUAUAAAUUUAGAAAAUCGAGUUUUAAAAAUCUAUACAAACACUAAAAGUCUUGUUAAAAAAACUCUGAAAAAAAUAAAGUUUGCUUUAUUGUUUUGUUAUAAAAUAUUAAAGUAAUUUUUAGAUUUUGUAAUGGGGUCUUAUGGAUAUGAAUCUUAAUAAAAACUUCCAUAGUA